AUGGCUCACCAUAUUCCAGAAUACGACGGCUCUCUUACUGUCCCAAGCUGCACAACAGUCCCAACAUCAUCGCGGAAGAGAAAACGUGAAGACGAGAAAUCAGUGCUCGGGGAUCCUUUCGUCAUUAAGCCCUAUUCAUCUUCGGUUUUUGAUCCCUCGGUAAAGCUUACUCCAGCCGUUGUUAUCCCACGCUCCUAUAUCCCACUGCAAUGGCUCGCCGGGUAUCCGUCACGUCUAUUCUCGAUACCAACUCAAAUACAGGCCUUGGAUGUUCCCGGAAAUGUCAUCAUCGUAAAAAUAGAUGGUGAACGACAGUUAGCUGCUGUUGAGAAGGUCAAGGAUGAUGUUUGCACACUGUACAAACUAUCGACGCAGUUGAAGAUGAAGGAUGUCCGUAAAACGGCUUCACUUAUUAAGAAAUCACGCCAAAACCCAGAGCAAAUCUCUGAAGACACAGAUCCUAUGACAGAAAUACUAAGUGCAAACUGGUGGUCAGGUUUGGAAGUGCCUAAUUUCGAUAUAAACAAUGUUAUAUGUGUAGAAGAGCCUACUAUCAAAUUGAUCGUGGGUUGCUCAGACCUAGAUGUCUGUCAAGACAGCACGCUCUUACCAAUCCAACCAAAUGCACCGAUAUCCCCUCUAGCAGCCGCAGACACUCCUUUGAAAGUGGUAGAGGACUUUCCAGAGCCCACUUUAACUGACAUUCUUGAGAGGACUCGAGUGCAAUAUUACAAAACUUUAUAUAUUGCCAAGACCUCUCUUGCGUAUUUCGCCAAAUCAACCCUUUCACGAGCUCGUGUGGCUGUGCAGCACGAGCAAGGAAGUGAAUUAUCAACAUCUUUGGAUUCCAGUAACAGAUUCCGCACUUUUUUACUGGAUAUGUAUCUACCGUUUAAUAAGAUGAACACCAAAUAUCGAAAAUCGAUGGUUCAAGUUGCUACGGAAGACCCGGUAGAGGAUAUAUCAGUCUUUAGGGUCGGAGAGGAGGAAUAUGUGCAACAGUGGAGAGUUGCUACAUGGGAGGAGAGGCUAAUGCAGGCUAACGAUCCUGUGAUGAGGCGGAAAGUGGAGGAGCUCAAAAUUAGAGAGACCGAGUUGCAAAUCAUCAUUUUGCUUGAGAUGCUAGCACUGGAACGAGAACAGGCAACAUUGGCAAAAGGAUUGCCAAUCAAAAAUCAAUCAUCCGGAAAGAAGUUCAAAAAGGAGGCCAAGAAGAAAGGGAAAAGAAAGUCUAAGACUAAUGAACCAGAUCCUAAACUCCUCCUUGAUCUGCUCGUCGAUCGACUUUGUAUUUGGAGAUCUAUAGGCUCAAGUCCAGAAGUACUGGAUGAUGAAUCUUCUGAUCAGAAGAAGGUUACUGAUAAGGAAUAUGACCAUCUCAGACAUUUCUGUGUAGAGGUGGUCUUAGCAUUUUAUGCGUCGAGGCUUCCUGAAGAAUGCGCUGCCAUCAACAAAAAAUGCGGAGGGUCGAGCUCAAGAGCUCGUACCCCGGGACAGCCCAAGAAGGAAAGAAAAUCACAGACAAAAAGACCUCCUGUGACAAGGGUCUCCACUGCGCCGGCUGCUACCUCUAACGCGAGAGAAGCCAGUGUGGACACACUGGCAGCCCUUGUUGCAGCUGAUGCAGCUUCCUUGCCAAGAAAAAAUGUUCGUGGAGGAACGCUCAAUUGUAAGAGUUUUGCGAAACGAGAGGUACAAAUCGCUUCGAGAAGCGGACAGCAGAAGAGGGUGGACGAGGAGUUGAAGGAAGCUAUAAACGCUUUGAAGAAACCCAACCGCAUUGCUGCGGCUUCUGGACUGGUUGAUGAGUCGAUGAAGCGGGUCUCUAAUAACAAGAAGUCGAAGAAAUCGGCCAGGAACCCUCUAGCGAAAAUACAGGUUAUGGCCACUCCGAAGCGGAGGAGGACGAUUAUGCCUCCACAGCCCUCCCUUCAAACUGUGGCAGAAGAUUCAUCUAGCUUACAUGCACAUGACCCGUUCUAUGCCCCCCGAGUACCCAAUCCAAGAACUUUACGUGAUAUCCCUGGCACGCCGCUCCGACGGGGCAAUAGUAGGAUGGAUUUUGAUGUUGUUCCCGCUACCAGUCCCUUCCAACCACCAUCAGAGACCCGAAGAACUGCAACAUUCCCAGGUGCGUUUACAACGCCGCAAAAAAAACAGCCUCGCCCUUUAGGCGCCGAUUUAGGAUCCAACUUUGUCCCUUCGUCGGCAACAAAGAAUCCUGUAAUUCUACCUCAUAACGAUACCCACCCGUCCGGAGUUUCCAAAUUUAUGGAAAAGAAGCCUUUUGACCCGACAGAUGAGCCGUCAUCUCCCGCGGGAGGCGUGAUGCUUUAUGAUACUGAUGCUAUUGGGGAAACACCUUGUAAAUCUUUUGCACCAAUGGCUAGGAUGGUUAAAGAAAAGAAAGAGGUAUCGAUAUAUAACAGUUUGGGAUGGGAUGAUGAUGAUUAUGACCUAUGA